GUUUACCCCGUUUCCCUCUCCCACCAAGAAGCAGGAAGGAGGAGAAGCAUGGAGAACGACAAACACUGGACAAGACUAGUCUAAUCAAAUCACAAGGAUCUGCGACUCCAACAGGAGGAGUUUGUAAGUUGUGGCAAUGCUGUUCGGGAAUGUUUUAAGGCUGAUUCUGGGAUUUAUAGAUACCCUUAUAGCUAAUUUGGAAAGUGGCUGUUGAAAAAUGGAGGAAAUUUGGAAGCUUUAGGCUCGAAUUUGUGAAAUGGCUGAUAUAGCAGGUUUGCAAGAGGCAGCAGGGUCUAGAUUUAGUCAGUUUGAGUUGAUUGGGAGAGGAUCCCUUGGAGAUGUGCAUAAAGCAUUUGAUAAGGAGAUAAACAAAGAAGUUGCUAUUAAGGUCAUUGAUUUAGAGGAAUCUGAGGAUGAAAUUGAUGACAUCCAGAAGGAAAUUGCUGUUUUGUCCCAAUGCCAUUCUCCAUAUAUAACUGAGUACUAUGGUUCCUAUAUCAACCAGACUAAACUAUGGAUAAUAAUGGAGUAUAUGGCUGGUGGCUCAGUUGCUGACCUACUGCAAUCAGGUCUUCCACUUGAUGAAACUUCAAUUGCUUGGAUUGCUCAGGACCUUUUGCAUGCAAUUGAAUACUUACAUACUGAAGGGAAAAUCCACAGAGACAUCAAAGCGGCAAACAUUUUGUUGACGGAGAAUGGUGAUGUUAAGGUUGCAGAUUUUGGGGUCUCUGCACAAUUAACAGGGACAAUAUCAAGGAGGAAGGUAAAAUAUUUUGAUUAUCAAGUUUUAUAUUUGGUCCAGCCUGUUGAUCCAGAACUGUUAACAUUUUUGGUGUUGAAAAAGCUUAUCUUUUGGCUGAUGAUGCAGGCAAAGGCUGCAAUGCAAGCAGGAUUGAGAAAAGGAAAUGUGAGAGAAAGGUCUGCAUUGGGCAUGAUAGGUAUUUCUGCUCAGGAAAGUUAAAGAGGAGACGAAAUGGCUAACAGCUCUGAUUCUUCUAGGUAAAUACAAUUACAGAUUUGUUCAUUUAUUUCUAUAUUGCAGAAUUUUAUUUAUUAUCAGAAAAUAAAGAAGAUAAAGGUUUUGGUUAUUAGUCUCUCAAGCAAAACAAUUCUAUCCCAGAGAUUCCCUUGAAUAUUUUGAUGCUCAAAGAGCAUUUCCAAGAUCACGUCAAGCAAGCCAUGAUGACGAAAAGGCAAAGAUAGCAUCAUCAUCUGCACCACUGUCAAUGUUGCUUAUUCCUUCUUUAAAAGAGGUCCGCACAAAAUGGUGUUAUAUUUUUAGUUUCACUUUCACCAUGCUAUUUAGUAUGGAGAUGAUUUUGACAUUUUUUUGCACUAAAAGCAUCAUUUGUUUCCGGACGAAUGUAUGAACCUGCUUCUACUCAUGCUAGAGAAAUCUAUGGUAUUCAAUGCAUAGAACUUAACAUUGGUCUAUAUUCUUAUCCAUCCAGAUUAGUAUAUUUUUAUAGUAAGAGAGACUGCUCAAUGUAAUGAUGGGAGUAAAUAUUAGCCAAGAAUAUUAUUUGAAAGGGUCUCGACAUCUCCAGUGUGGAUCUAGCCUUGUACUGAGAGAGUGACAUGUUACAGUAGCAAAAAGUGAGGGGAAGUCUGAAAUAAGAAUUGUAAAAGUUAUUGUAAUUGAAGUAAUUGCCUGUGAUCAACAUGAAGUGGAACUAUGCAAGUGUUCAUGUUGUCAUUUAGUUCAGAUUAAGACUCAGUUUAGAUGAACAGUGUUUCCAUCCGUUUUAUUUUUAACCUCAUUUGCUAAUGACCCCUAGGCAUGCAUCACUCUUUGUAUCCUGUAACUCUUAAUGGUUUCAGUAUAUCAUGUUGUCAUUGUAGGCCCUUGCUGAUGAUUCGGAAGGGUUAGUUGGGCGUGCAGUUACAAAUUCUCUUGUGAUAUGAAGCGUAAAAACCCUGAAUCUUGUGAAGCUUUUGUUCGCAAGUUGCUUGAGAGA